UGUUAGUGUGCCGGCUCAUCUUCGAGUUUGCACUUUUGAAGCAUCAGUUCAGGGCAAGGUGAGGGAGGAAGGGAGAUGAUACCAGAGAUCCGCUAUGCACACUACACACGAACGUCAGAAACGUGGAAUGAUGUUUGUUUCACGUUUCGUGAGGCCUCUCAGCCGCGUGCUUCGCGUACGAUUCUAACUUACACGCGAAACAACAACGCACGCCAGGUUGAGACCAUGAUGUUAACAGCACUGCGAUUGUGAAUGGGGGAUGGAGGAUGAUGUUUCAUUGUUUGGCGCAAAUGUUCACAAUCCGCUUGUCAUCACUGGCGGAGGGGGAGAGUUAGUGUUUGCUGUAAAAUGCUGCGCUUUUGAGCGUAGAUACAGGAUAUCUUCUUCGAUCAUUCAGUAGCUGAUGAUGCCGUGGAUGAUCAUCGAUCGAAGAAAGUGAUAGGAGUGCUCCAGGAUUGGUGGCAAAGGACACAAGCCAAGCUUGCGCCCCUGUGCCGUUGGUGUGAGACUGUAGCCUUUAUGUUUGUCUAGGUUUACGUUAGGUAUGUAAAUGUUUGGCAACUAACAAUGGAACAAUCGAAUGAUAGAUAAAACGAGGCAAGGGGACAGAGGGGGAGAGAUAAUAUAUUGUGAUCAACGAUUUUUACUGCAGCUGUGUGUGUCGGUGCGAAAAUAUGUCCUGUCGCGCCCGAAAAGGACUCAUCACACAGGGAGAAAUCAUAAGCUAGCGAAAUAACGUUCGUGUAAGGUGCAAGUACAAAACACAUCGCCUCAGAGUGAUCGGUUUUCAGGUUAACCAAAAUGCGAUCGCCAAGCGCUGGCUUUGAGAUUUAUUCGUGGCAGCAACAGCAGCAGCAGCAGCACGACUUUGCCAACUAUGCUGAUAUAUGCUGAGUUUUGCGCGCACACAACAUACACCAACAGCCUUUUUAUAGCGUGCAUCGUCCGAGAGUGUCCGCGACGAUCCUUUUCAUUCUUCUUUUUUACAUUUUUGUACAUAUAACUGCAAGUGAGUUUAUAACAUCAUCUUCGGAUGGAGGAUUGUGAUACAACAGAGAGGAAGGUGCCAGGUUCCUCCUCGCCACGGAUUCCUUCGUCCUGUGUAUGGUUCGAUGGCUCGAUUUACCAACGAAGAGCACAUUGGGCAAGCAUGGUUCUUGGUGAAUAUAGGAACAAAGAUCCCCGGUACAAAGGACAGUAGCCAGUUGGCAACAAAAUAUUGCAAAACCGUUCAUUAACGUGUGGGUUUUUAAGGGUGGAAAACACAACACAAGAGAGGAGGGGGUACCAUGGGUGGUAGCCUCUCUGAAUCGUCUUCGUUUAACAACUACUACUUCUCUAGGAUGGUUUCUCUCUAGUCUCGCGGAUUUCGCGACUUUACGAUAUUUGGUUUCUUCGGUGAACGCUUUUGGAUUAUUUUGUUGCGAUACUUGUCGAUAAGAAAGCGAGAAAGUUAGGGCAGAAGGGGGGUACUGUUAGGGAACGCAGAUAGUAAGCGGAAUUAACGUAAUAUGUGACUUUUAGCUGUUGUUGAAUGAUCGAACCUGUGGAAUGCGGGAAUGAAUUCGUACUGGUUCUUGUGCAAUAGGCCUAAAAGGGAAAUCGAUGGAAAUGAUUUCCAUUAAUUGUUAAAAAUGAAAACAACAACAAAGCUUGUAAUCAGGCGUAAUCACACGUACACGGUGAUAGUCGCUGGCUCGUUUCGUAUAGGUGCCAGGUAACAACUUGUGGUAUACUCGAGUGUCACAACACGACAAAAUAUGAUCUACAGAGCGCUUAACAAAUAUAUUUGAAUGUGAUAAUAAAUAUUUUUAUAUAUCAAAAGGCAGAAGGGAAGAAAACUUGGCCCACUUUCCCGUCACGAGAUCAUGAGCCACAGAAAAGGGCGAAGGGACAACAACUAAUGAACAAACAAACAAACAAACAAAAAAACAGGAAAUAUGUAACGAAUGAAUUUGCUUUACUUUCCCGAAUUGCAUCGGAAAAGGUGUGAUGCGCACCAUCUUAGCAGAAUUAACGGAACUUCAACUCAAUAACAACACAAACUACACACUAAAUCACUAAUCAAAGAGCUGGGCCCUUGCGCUGGGCAGGAGGGACACCUUGCAGCACGGCUGUAACUGGGCAGUACUGGAGUUAAUGGCCAGUUCCAGAGGACGGACCCCUCUUUUCGUGGAUGCAUAUUUUACGUAAAAGUACGACACACACGACAUCCUCCUUGCUUCAAACAAACAAAAAAAUGGAUUAAUAUAUUCAAACCAACGUCUCGAACGAAAUGUGAUCGCAGAGGAAUGUUACUACAAACCUUCGUAAAUGUUUGUAAAAUAUUUGCGUCAAGCAGACAAUUUUAACUGAACUAUUUUUUAAAGAAGAAACUUGUAAACCCGUACGUAAGGAUAGCGAAGAGAGAGAGAGAGAGAGAGAGAAAAAGCGAGAUCGGCCAUGUAUGGGUGGAACAGUUAGUGACCGUUAUGCAACCUCUUUCUCCUAAGAAUCCGAUCGAAUUGAUGUGUGCGCAGCGGCAGAGAAGGCGUUGAUACCGGUUUGUUGUUUUAUGUAUAAAAACAGAUACUAUCACAUUCAUAGAUAUUUUAAGGUGAAAGAUCACUGUAGAGAUCAUAAUAUUGAAGGAGAGAGGUCCUAUUUCGACCGAGUCGAGUCGAGUGUGGUCCGCCUUUAUCCUCAAAAACCGAUAAAGGCAAAGGGUAGGUUUUGCAGGAGAAAGCGAUCAGCCAACUGAACUCCUCGGCUCCUCUCGCGGGCCAACAAUCAAACCUUCAUCUGCUGUGGGGAGGAUACAGCAUUAUCUCUAAGAUCUUCAGCAACGACAACAACGUCUGUUGCUCUCUCGUAAAGGCUGAUGCUACAUUGUUAAAUCGAACACAUCGAGCCCCAGAGCGUGUAAUAGGCGCGAGUGGCCCUCAAAAAAGGGGUGAGAUAAGGGGCGAGGAUCGGUCACAGUUGGCCCGCCACCACCACCACCACAUCAGCGGCGAAAGAUGUUGGGCGCCGUACUGUACCGAGCUGUUUUCCCAUAUUAGCACCAUACCAAAAUAGAUAAAGAGAGAGAAAAAGAUUGUGUGUGUGUGUGUGUUUACACAACAUUGUUGCCGAGAUGGGGGCAGCUAAUAGUGUUUGGCUCCUUUGUGGCCCACACUGUGUGGAUGCUACAUCGACUUCAUUUCACACGUUUCACACUCUUUGUGAUUUCACUUUUUAAUCAAUUUUAUCAACCGAACAUGUUUACUUGCAUGUUCGUUCGUAGUGCGCUUUUUGAUUCGAGUCGAGUAGAGCUGGCGAAAUUCAAUCCAUGAUUGUCAAUUUGCGCUAUUACAAUUCCAUCUAUCACUUCCACAUUUUUUGUCAUCAAUAUCUGAUGUUGUUAUUGUGUCUCGGCAAGUGUUGCUAGCAGGCCACAAAGUAACAAAAGUGAAUUGUUUUCCAUGAGUCAAGAAGGUAUGAUAAUCAAUAUCCCCCCGCACAGAGAACCCAGAACAAUACGAAAUCAAUAAGACUACCAAAAACCAAACGUACAAAUCUCUAGGCAGUAGUUUGAGACAACUUUAAAACGCGAAGCGAAAGAACACUCCAAACGACACACGGCCCAAGGUGUCAGCUCUCUGUGGCGGCGUGCACCUGUUUGGUGUCCUGUGUUCAGUUUUGAUCCUUUUUCAUCUCAACAUGAUCACCGUUGUUUCGCGUUUUCCCGGUCGUCCACAGUGGAAGUAGUAUCGUCGUAGUAGAACGUCGUCUCCGCUAGUUAAUCGCGCUUUGGUUGGUGCUAGUAGCGUAGGACUUGUUGACACUAACGUUGCCGACUGAGGGAUAUGAUCCUCCUACUCAGCUACCGUUCACCGUGCGCCAGGGUAUGACUGUUGGUGCAACGGUUUUUAGCUAAGCGCCGCUGCACAGUAUUGCUCCCCUCAUGGAGACCGCGGUCUGUGGUGGCGCCAGACUGGUAUUUUGAAAGUGCUCGCGAUCGCACGAUCGUGCUUCAGAAGCGCUUUGCACCGUACGAUCGGCAGUUAGUUACACUCUCACCAGUCGACUAACUUCUUUCGAGAUCGCCGUAAAGCCAUUUCAAAUAGAAUACUCCUAUGGUUUGAUGUGUGUUUUCCUGAGACCACAUCGAUCGCGCAUCGAUCGUAAGGAUUGCGUAUGUUUUUUUCUUUCUUUAUUGUUUUGGUUUUUGAUAUAUCUUGGGCUUUAGAAACGCGCCACAGAACACAUCACAACCAGCAACCGCCCUCAAACCAGUUUUCGAGUCUGCAUGACGCGACCCUGGCCCGUGUGUGGGUUGAUCGUUCGGUCUGGUUUGAGGUUUUUUUCUUUCUCCCCUCCCCCCGGCUUAUUUCGUGGUUUCCUCUCUAUAUUUACGCGAGAGAAGCUUUCAAACACAGCACCACCGAAGCCUCCUGAGCGCUGAGCCUGUUUUUGCUGCCGUACGCGGGGCCGCGUAGUAGAGUGUAGAGUGUGUUGUGAACGGUGCGCCGUUGCUCGAAAGCCUGUUUCAACGUUGGCGAUCGUCUUUUAUGGCAACACACUCGCCGAGCCGGCCACCACCACCGGGGCCACCGGUUGCCACUGUGUUGAGCGUGUUCGAGAGUCGCCGGUUCGGUUGAGAAAGACACUCUGUAAUGAUGCCGCGCGCACGCACGCACUGGCCUGGCUGUCGUCGUCGUCGGGAUGGGGGGGAGGCCCAGGCCCUGUGUGAACGAAAAGCCGUUUAACUAGUUUGCUGCGCCUUACUUUUUUUUCUCUUUUAAACUUGGCUUGGGACGUUUUAUUCACGUUUUGUCGGGAGCGACGGCCAUGUUGCAGUCGAGACGAGAAGAGGUUUAAUAGAGAAACGUGCGCCCAGGGCAGCAGCACCCUAUUUAACUCGAUGCUGCUGCUGCUGCUGUUGCUGCGGCUAGAGAGUUUGCGAUCGAGAUACGGAUUGGAAAUGGGGAUCCUCUCGCGGUGUUUACCCCCCAAAAACUGGUUGUUAAAUGUGUCUCGACAUUUCGAGCCUCUGCACUUAUGCAGCGCGUGAUCAUUUACUGAGUUCAGUUUCGCACCAAAACGGCGAGCAUUAUUUUUUUGGGGACGGCUUUUUAACGGUGCAAUUUUAACGAUUGCACUUCUCCCCUGCAUACUCUUAUCCACUGUGGAAUGUCGAUGCUCUUGUUUCGGCAAUGAUAACCGGAAAGUUAACAAACGCGGGCAGAAGGAUCGUCGCAUCGUCGUGAUCCAUGUUCUCCAGUUUCGAAUAGGUUCUUUAGAAACAUGUCAAGGCAUAGGGGAUUCCACUCCACACUCGUACAAUUACAUGGAUAACAAUAAUUUGUCUUACACACGGUGAAGCAAAAAAAAAACAGAACAAGUGAAACGUACAAAUUUUAAAUUAAUGUAAGAGACCAUUUAACAUCGAGCAAAAAAGGCGAGUGCACGUACAACCUAAGAACGACGAUUUAUAUAGCCAAGAUAUAUUUAAAAGAAAACAACGGGGAGCGCGUUUAGUCAAACUACCGCGACAAACAACAACAACAACAACAACAAGAAAAACUGAAGGACCUAUCCUACCUGGAAAACAGAAUCCGAUAAAAACCCGAAAUAACAACUGAUGCAAACAACUGUGAUUCGAGAAAAAAAAACGGUACCGCGGGAGAACAAAGUCAACGGUACAGAUGGAGCGGAAGUACCGCCAUCCAUAGACACACUGUCUCCCAGGAUAUGAACAACAACUUUUGCGAUACUAAGAAACUCAGAUACACCACAUUUUGAACGCUUGUGCUGAAUGCUACACAUCUGACGAUCGCUCCCCUGAUAGCGGGAACGAUGGGGAACGAUGUAAACACAGGCUUUGAUAAAGAUAGGACCUGAGCACCGCAUCUGCAUCGGUGUUUCAUUACCUUUUAAGGACAACAGGAGUUAUAUUUUGCUAAUGCGUUUUGAGUGGUUUGAUCCUGUAUAUGAGGCAAGCGGGGUUUUGCACGAUCGUCAAUCAGUGACCAUCACCUCUCUCUCUCUCUCUCUCUCUAGAUCAGGCAUGUAAUGGCAACAGCUAAAUUUCAUAAUAUUUCGUGUCGAGUCAACGAGAAGAAGUGGAUCUGUAGGAUCUUCCUACAGAUAUGACACGUCAAAAGAAGACAGGAACUGUGUUUGUGCAAAUGUGACACGAUGAGAGCCAGAAAGAGGACGCGUGGCAGGCUAACGUGGCUAACGAAAUUGGAACAGCUUUGCUUUUCGUGGUCACAACUCUUGCAGAAGAAUUGUGUGGCGCUUGCGAGAGGGAGGGGCGCCCGCAACACAACAUUGUAUAGUUAUGUGCAUAAAAAUGUAAAAAGGUGAAUUAAUUAUAGUAUAAAAAGGCUGAAAGUACCUGGUGCGCGCAAGGUAACAAUUACAAAACGGGAGAGAAAAAAAAACAAGAAUUGUGCAAAAAACAAACGCCGCGCCAA